CUUGGCGCAUCUGUGCACUCUCUGAGUGUCGGACCCUAUUCCUUAACCGCUCGCCACUAUCCCGCCUUAUAUUGAGUUACGGCAAUGUUUCGUCCCCGGCGGCACGGUUUGCCGUGACCGUAUCCAGAUAUCGAACGAGUGUGCGAAUAGCUCCCAGGUGGGGCGAGGCGAGCGCCAAGUCGCACACACUUCACACCGCAAUUAGAGACUGUCAAUAUGAGUAGUUACGAGUUUGUUCUGUCUGGAGAGCGUCCCCUCGAGAGCGUCGUUAGUGACGCAAGUAUUUCUACAGCGGCGACACACAUCGACGAGCCGCUCACACAUACUACGUGUACUCGUACAUUACGUUCUCUUGUUUCAUUGACAUUGAAAAUAUGUGACAAAGAAAAACUUAGCACGUGGCGGUGCGCGGUGGCGAGGUGCGGGGUGUCGGGUGUCGGGUGCCGGGUACGGGGUGCGCGGGGCGAGGUACACAAUAACCUGACUCAAAUUACCAAGCUUUUGUCUUCACAUCGAGGAUUCACCGGCCCUCACAAACCAUUAUUGCCCCCUCGAACAACUAACUCUGCAAGAUAGACACGAGAGGGCACUCGACGCGCACUUGCUAGUGAUAGUGACAGGCAUCGUAAGAUGUAUCCACAACUGCACACACUCAUCUACGAGUAUAACAUAACGUCAUGCUGGUACUGUGUGCAAGUUUAUUGACAUUGAUACAUCGCAUCGGCUAGAAGCACAUACUAUUUAUCAGACAUCAAAAUACAUACAUCAUAUAAACAAUAAGUAAAGGUAGCAAAACGUAAUCUUUUAGAUUUGUCAAUUCUUUGCGGAUUCUUUAUUUCAUCUGAUUGUAAACGAUAUAUUCGCGAACAUC